AUGUCGGCGCGCAAGAUUCUCGAAAGCCUUGUUCGAGAAUUUGGAACGGCUACCUCGAACGAAUCUUUGACACGUAAAGAAGCAACUUUACGUAACUGGAUGGCCGCACAACUUCGGGAAGUCGAAUACUCAUCGCUGACCUGCGAGACCGAAGAAGAACAAUUUCAUGAUGAAAUGGAAGAAGUUGACGACGACUGGGACGGCGCAGAUGUUGGUUCCCACAAUAACAAUUGUGUUCUGCACGAUCAUAUCCGAUUCGACGAUAAAAUGAUACCGGAAAGCGAGGUGAAAAGAGCCCUGGACUACUAUCGCUCGGCAAAGAAUGGACACCGAACGGUGAGAGCUAUGACGACUAAAUUCCGGUGGGUAACCAGCGACUAUCAUAUAAGGAAAUUGCGAAAGUACGCCUCCGACAAAAAGGCCUUUUGCUUACAAGCUGCUCGUAAACAGCUAAUCGCACUGCUGAAAAAAGAGGUGAUGUCAAAGUUUGAUGAUGGAAUUCAAUUGCACGAUGGCGAUUUGGCGACGCUCGCGAUAAGAAUAAAUAAUGAAGUCACGAGGAUACCACAUUUCCAAGCUUCCCCUACCUGGAUCUAUGGAUUUAAACGAUAUGCAGGAAUAGUACUGCGCCGUAUAACGCGCAUUGUUUCGGUCAAGACUUUCCGCAAUCAAUCACAGGUGCAACAAGCGGCACAAAAAGUCGUUGACAAGGUUCGAGACGACCUCAAGAACGGCCGAAGUCAAAAGCCGAACCCCGAUCCGUGCUGGCGCCGACUGAUUCGUCAGAGGAUACAGAUUGUGACGCAGAAGUACAAGCAGCAACAAGAGCUGCCCUUGGCUCUCAUCAAGACU